GGGUGAACAGAAUGUUUUUCUCCCGCAUUGCGCAGGAAACAGCUGUUUCCCGGGUGACCGUUCGCGCUGGGCGUAGUGCGCUUGCGCAGUCACGGCUGCUCCGCCACACCGUGGAAUAAAUCUGGAGCACGCCAGUUCGAUUUGCGGUUCAAAGGCUGCUCGCCCUUGGAGUCGCCAUGUGGAUAUUCGGGUACGGCUCGUUGAUCUGGAAAGUAGACUUCCCGUACCAGGAAAAGUUAGUGGGUUACAUUCGCGGCUACAUCCGCCGCUUCUGGCAGGGAAGCACCGACCAUCGGGGCAUGCCAGGCAAGCCUGGAAGAGUUGUCACACUUGUUGAAGAUCCUGAGGGCCUUGUAUGGGGUGUGGCGUAUAAACUUCCAGAUGGAAAAGAGGAAGAAGUAAAGAAAUAUCUUGACUUUCGAGAAAAAAAUGGUUAUAGGACUACUACUGUUACGUUUUGUCCUAAAGAUACUUCAAUUAGUCCUUUCCCCGUGAUGCAGUAUAUUGGAACAUGCGAUAAUCCUGAUUAUUUGGGCCCAGCACCUCUGGAAGACAUGGCUCUGCAAAUUUUGAAUGCUGUUGGGCCAAGUGGAAGGAACACAGAGUACCUAUUUAAACUUGCUGACUCCUUACGAAGUCUUGUACCAGAAGAUACUGAUGACCAUAUCUUUUCAUUGGAGAAGAUGGUCAAGGAGCUCAUGGUACUAAGAAAAGUGACUACAUAAACAAUUGAUGGAACAAAAUGGGUCUGGAAAAAGAAUUUUACUUUCACUCCUACUUUUUCUUUAUUUAUCUGCUGUAUUAUUAUCCCUGACAAUUGCCUAUCUAAACAUAAAUAAGGUAUUUAAUAAAGUAUUUAGUUGUAUUUCUGGCUUUGGGAAUCGCCAGUAAGUUGUCGCCUGCCUUCAGCAGUGCUACCUUAAACUGGAAGAUGAGUUCUCUCCUUGUUCAUCUAUGGUCCUUGAUUCUUUUUCUAGAGAUGAUCCAUAUCAGAUUUAUUGUAUAAUUAAACACAAGAAAAGUGUGCACCGGAUACCUUGUGUAUUUGGGUAUUAUGUUUAUUGUUAACAUUUGUUAUGAAAAUCUGCUGUACCUAAAUGGAGAAAUUGCAAAUUAAAUUCUACUUGAGGUAGGUAUAUCUAGUUAAAAUUACAUUUAUAUGGAUGAUCCCAUCCAUUAUUGUUGCUGUAAGCAGUGGACAUACGGGAAUUGUAACUGCAUAUUAGAAUGCAAAAUUCUUUCCAAAGGUUAAUUUGCUUGUGCAGUAUUUGAUAAUGAGGUUUUCUAUUGUAAAUCAAUUCUGUGGUUCAUUUUGUUUUGAGAACUCUAGAAUGCUUCAAGAAAUAAAACAGGUCAAAUAGUAUCUGUAGAGAAGAUGAAUUUAAUAAUGUAUCAUUUCUUAAUGCAUGCAUUACUAAAUGACAAUGAAAAGAGGACUACGUAUCUUCAUAAUCUAAAUCUAAUACUUUCAGUAAUCUUCCACCUGAACCAGGAAAAAGCUCGUGCAAGGACAGAAAAUUACAGAAUAAAAGGAAACACACACAAAAUGCUGGAGGAACUCAGCAGGCCAGGCAGCAUCUAUGGAAAAGAGUACAACUGAAAUUUUGUGCCAAGACUCUAAGCCAGGACCUACCGAAAGGUCUCAGCCCAAAACAUCGACUGUAUUCUUUUCUGUAGAUGCUGCCUGGGCUGCUGAGUUCCUCCGGCGUUUUGUGUGUGUUGCUUGGAUUUCCAACAUCUGCAGAUUUUCUCUUCUUUGAGAAUAAAAGGAAAGAUCUAUUAUAUAGGGUGGGGAUUAGUUGUUGAAUGAACAACAAAUGGAUAAUGAUACAAUGCAGGAGAACAGAGUUUUUCAAAAAGCAGAUGGGGUUUUAGUGGAGUUAUAAAUGAAAAAGGUCCUUGCCAUUGCAUCACCUUGCUGACUGAAAAGGUGGAAUGGUUGUGAUCUGAAAUUCCUGAGCUUCAUGUUGCCAUCGUAUUCACUACUGCUUUUCUCUUUUGGAUUGUUGGUGCUGGCAGAAGUUGCUUUGUUGCACACAAGUGUGCACAUGAUUUGCGGAAAAAUUCUCCUCCACUUAAGGGUAACUAAAAUUUCACUAAUUUGCUGAUUUCUGCCGAAUAAAUACUUGGGAAAGGUGACAUAAACUUAAGUUUUAUACAGAAUGAAAAGCUAUGGAUCUACAUUAUCUUUUUGGUACUUCAAAGCUAUAAUGGUUACUCAAAAAUAAUGCUUUUGACUUGAAUCAUUUAAGUCUGUAUUUGCUCUUUAGACACUUCGAUUGUUCAGAUUUGUCACCAACUGUUGACUUUUAGCAGAAAUGAUUCUAUGCUUCAUGAAUGUAUUGUGAAUUAGUAUCACUGAUCAAACUUGAGUGAAUCUCAAACAUAAGGCACUUGUAAUAAAAUCAACACAGUACAAAUGUUGGUUUGAAAUGUAUUCCCAACAUUUACACAAUGUUGUAAAAUUUAAGAAUCUGAACUCUUUAAUGAUCUGCUAUACUGACUAUCAUUAUGUUCUAACAAUCUAAGGUUGUUGGGGCCUGUUUAAUAUGCUGUUAUUUUCAGGAUUAAUUUCAGGAAUUUCCAUUCUAAUUGGAACAAAAAAUAAAUUUCAUAAUUCUUACAAGAUAAGGAAUAUUUGGUCUGCCAUGUCUGUGGUGAAACUUCAAGAGAAUUGUCAUGUUUUUAAUCCACAUCCUAGUAUUUUCUCAGUCACCAUGAAAGCUAGCUUCCUUCAAAGAUAUCUCCAUUUGUUUUUUCCCCUCAGAACUCUGGUGAAGGGAAUUGCAGAUCAUCUUGACUUACUAUGUUGAACAAUUUUUAUUGUCUGCAAUCAUUAACUGAAUUUCAGAGGAAAAUUUAUAUAAUUGCUACUGUUCCUUUAAGCAUUUGAGCAGAUAGUCACUCUGUCAUGUGCUCCAUUUUCAGAAUGUCUAUUCUGUUGUUUUCAUCUCAUGGAAAUCCUCUUAGACAAAAUACAGUAUCUAUGAAAAGUAUUCACUCCCCCUGGGAAGUUAUGUUUUAUUGUUUUGCAACGUUGAAUCACAGUGGAUUUAAUUUGUCUUUUUUGACACUGAUCAACAGAAAAGACUGCUUUGUGUCAAAGUGGAAACAAAUGUUUGCAAUUUGGUCUUAAUUUGUACAAUUAUUAAACAAAAUAAUUGUUGCAUAAUUAUUCACCCCUUUCAAGUCAGUAUUUAGUAGCUGUACCUUUGACAGCAAAUACACCUUGAGUCUGUGUGGAUAGGUCUCAUCAGCUUUGCAUAUCUGGACACUACAAUUUUUCCCCAUUCUUCAUUACAAAACUGCCCAAACUCUUAUCAGGUUGCAUGGGGAUCAUAGGGAAUAGUCCUUUUCAAGUCCAGCCACAAAUUCUCAAUUGGAUUGAGGUCUGGACCCUGACUUGGCCACUCCAGGAUAUAAACUUUGUUUUUAAGCCAUUCCUGUGUAGCUUUGGCUUUAUGCUUGGGGUCAUUGUCUUGCUGGAAAACAAAUCUUCUCCCAAGUUACAGUUCUAUUGCAAACUGCAUCAGGAUGUCCUUCAGGAUUUCCCUGUAUUUUGCUGCAUUCAUUUUGCCCUCUAUCUAUCUUCACAACCUUUCUAGUACUGCAGUGAAGCAUCCCUACAGCAUGUUGCAGCCACCACCAUGCCUCUCACAGUAGGGAUGGUGUGUUUUUGAUGAUGUGUGGUGUUUGGCUUACACAGGCAUAGCAUUAAGUCUGAUGACCAAAAAGCUCAAUUUUAGUUUCAUCAGACCAUAGAACCUUCUUUCAGUUGAUUUCAGAGUCUCCCAUAUGCCUUCUGGCAAACUCUAGCCAAGAUUUCAUGCAAGUUUUUUUUUCAACAGUGUCUUUCACUUUGCCAUUCUCCCAUAAAGCUGUGACUGAUGAAACAGCUGGGCAACAGUUGUAUGCGCAGUCUCUUUUGCCUUACUUUAAUUAGCACUCUUCUACUUCAUACAGCAAGUAUGUGUCCAGUAAAUCCAUGCUUAACAUCUCUUAUUAAUCCCUCCUUGCCAAAGUGAGAGCAGUUUCUGUCAGAUUCAAGUUGCCUGUAGUUACUGUGUUUAUCCCAUUAACUUUGGUUAUAAUUGGCCUUGUGUUACUUUUUAUUAACUAAAGGGGACUGAAGGAUUCUGGUCAGAAGUUCUGCUAUCUCCACUCUAGCAUCUGUCACCCAGGACGGCAUCAUCUUUAGAUGGAAGUAUGAAACAAAAUGCCCUGGAUACUGUAAUUCUGAUGAAUGGAAAUAUUCAAUACUCAAGUACAAAUGUGGUGAAAGAGUUGACGUGUCAGGCUGCUGAUCUUUCAAUAGUUCUAAAACAUUAACUGUUUCUGUUCCUGUUUCUGAACUUUUAGAUGUGUGGCUAUUCAGUUUUCAGUUAUGCCAGCCUGUUGUAUGACAUUGUUAUUCCCUCAUUAUUCAGCUUUAACUUCAAUCCUUUUAUCUGAAAAUAUAGCGACAGUCUCUUGCAGAU